CUCUCCCACCAGGACAAAGAGUACGUCGGCUUUGCGGCCCUCCCCAGCCAGCUGCACCGCAAGUCCGUCAAGAAGGGAUUUGAUUUCACCCUCAUGGUGGCAGGGGAAUCGGGUUUGGGGAAAUCAACGCUCAUUAAUAGCCUUUUCCUCACUGAUCUCUACAAGGACCGAGAACUGCCGGACGCCAGCGCUCGCCUGGGGCAGACCCUGACCAUUGAACGCCGAGGAGUGGAGAUCGAGGAGGGGGGCGUGAAGGUCAAACUCACUUUAGUGGACACCCCCGGGUUUGGAGACGCCGUGGACAAUGCAGACUGCUGGCUGCCAGUGGUGCGGUUCAUUGAGGAGCAGUUUGAGCGAUACUUGCAGGACGAGAGUGGCCUGAACCGCAAGAACAUCCAGGACACCCGAGUUCACUGCUGCCUGUACUUCAUCUCUCCCUUCGGCCGUGGGCUCCGGCCCCUGGACGUGGCCUUCCUCCGGGCCGUGCACGAGAAGGUCAACGUAGUUCCGGUCAUCGGAAAAGCUGACGCCCUGACGCCGACCGAGGCCCAGACUCUCAAACAGAAGAUCCGAGACCAGCUGGAGGAAGAAGAGAUCAGCAUUUACCAGUUCCCAGACUGUGACUCGGACGAGGACGAAGACUUCAAGAGGCAGGAUGCGGAGAUGAAGGAGAGUAUUCCCUUCGCCGUGAUUGGCUCCAGCACAGCUGUGAAGGAUAAAUCGGAACGCACUGUGAGGGGCCGGCUUUAUCCCUGGGGCACGGUGGAGGUGGAGAACCCCCGGCACUGCGAUUUCCUCAACCUCCGAAGGAUGCUCGUGCAGACCCACCUGCAGGACCUGAAGGAGGUGACCCACGACCUGCUCUACGAAGGGUACCGAGCCCGCUGCCUCCAGAGCCUGGCUCGCCCGGGGGCCCGCGACCGCGCCAGCCGCAGCAAGCUGUCUCGCCAAAGCGCCACUGAGUUUCCCCUUCCUAUGAUGCCUACGGCUGAGACGGAGAAACUGAUCCGAGAGAAGGAUGAGGAGCUCCGCCGGAUGCAGGAGAUGAUUGCGAAGAUGCAAGCGCAGAUGCAGCAGAAUCAAGGGGAGCAGCCUGAUGUCCUGUGAGCCCUCAAACCUCCGGACGGCCAGCCGGGCAGGGCUCCUGGCCCUCACCUCUUCCCCUCCGCCGACUUCUCCUCCCGUUCGGGAUCGAGGCUUCCCCGCGGCUUUCCCCAGACACUCCUUUCUCAGUCACUCGGCCCCCCCAGCUCUGCCUCAGUUCACCAGAAUCCACCAGCCCCAAGAUCUCUCUUCAGACCCGGUCCCACCCUCUCCAUUUUCUCCAUCUCACCCCGUCUCUCCCUUUCCAAUUUAUUAUCUCCAUAAAAGCUGUUCUCCUCCUUCCCUUUCCAAUUUAUUGUCUCGAUAAGAGCCCUCUGCUCUGUUCUCUCCUCUCCCCAGAGCUGGGACCUUGUUUCCCCUUUGGGCACCCGAGUGGUUAGAUGUCCCCCCACCAUUUCUAUCCAGAGAAAAUUGCUCUGGGAAAGGAGGCAAUUACGGGAGCGGAGAGAAAAGAGGUCCUGUAGAAUGGAACUUGGCUUUAAGAUCUUGGGCGUGAGAACAGGGGAGACUGAGGGACGCCAUUGGGACAAAGUUCCCACCCACGGAUUACACUUCCUGCCCAGAAUUCCUUCUGACCCUGCAUCUUGGUCCCGUCUAUCAUCUUGACCGACAAG